AAUAUUUCGUCGUAAAAAUCAUGCGAGUCAUAAGUGCUUUUGUUCUUUUUGGCACCGUUGUUAUCGGUACCAGCGGUAGACCGGACGGUAGUUACAUCGUAGAACCGCUUACUGUAAAACCUCUAAUAGAACAAGAUGUUUGUGAAACUCGAGAAUGCAAAGAUCUUGCCGAUGAAAUAGGAGGAAGCAUGAAUCGAAACGCGGAUCCAUGUGAAAAUUUUCUGGAUUACAUGUGCGGCAAUUCGAACAAGAGUCUUCCUGAGCAUGAAAUACCAUGGAAUACAUUUGGUAUUCAAGUCGAAGAUCUACUUGAAACUAUCCUACGAGAAGAGAUAAAACCUGAAGAUUUCCAUUCCAUGAGAAUAGCCAAACGGGCAUUUCAAGCAUGCACGAAUACAGACGAAAUGGAGAAAUUUGGACUUCAGCCACUUAUAUCAACGUUGUGGAGAGCAGGCGGAUGGCCAUUAAUAAUGGAAGAAGGCGAAUGGGACGAAUAUAUGUACAAAUGGCAAAGAGUAGACGAUUACUAUGCUCAUUUGACGGGACUAAAUAGUUUCUUCGACGUACAUGUCGACAUGAACAACUGGGACCUCGGUCAUGUAAAUCUAAUCAUCGAUACUCCGCAGAUACCGCCAAAUACUAUGUAUAAAAUUCCAAGUAUAAAGACCGUAUUGAAUAAAUACAAACAAAGUCUUCCUAACAAAAGAAUUUUCGAGAAUAAAGCAAGGAAAAGAUCGUCGAAAUAUAAGAGAAUGUCUAAACCUGGUAGUGUUAAAAAAUCUAGAAAAUUGAAAAAUGACGAAAAGAAUAAAGAGAUAAAUUACGAUUUCUUUUUCAACGAUUCUGACAACGAAGGUGUAAGGAACAAUGACAACAAGAUAGAAGGCAACGUUAACGGGAACAAUGAUGAAAACGAUGAAGAAAAUGGUAAUAUCAGUGAUAACGAAAAUGAUAACGAUGAUUUUGAAUUGUACGACAAAAAAAGUAGCGGUAGCGGUGACCAUGAAUGGUACAUCUAUUUUGUUAGCGGUAGCGGUGACCAUGAAUUGUACGACUAUGAUGGUAGCGGUAGCGGUGACCAUGAAUUGUACGACUAUGAUGGUAGCGGUAGCGGUGACCAUGAAUUGUACGACUAUGAUGGUAGCGGUAGCGGUGACCAUGAAUUGUACGACUAUGAUGGUAGCGGUAACCAUGAAUUGUACGACUAUGAUGGUAGCGGCAGCGGUGACCAUGAAUUGUACGACUAUGAUACUAACAAUGCAUACAUGAAAUGGUUAGAGGAAAUAUUUUUACAUACGCGAACACAAUAUUUAGUACACAUGCUAAAUGUUACCAUAGCGCUUUCUGAAGCUAGAGGUGUUCCAAUAUCAAUAGAGAGGCUCAGGAAAGAUGCCAUAGACUUAAUUGGAUUUCAAUUAGACCUUAAAGAGCUUGUAUUGAAAUAUGGGAAAAGCAUUAAAAUCUCACUGGAAGAAUUUCAAGCGUUAUACGAUUCCAUGGAACCUAGAACAAGUAACGGAAAAAUAAAUUGGAUAAAGAAAGUACAAGAUCAUUUCGCCAGUGGAGGAAUGGAGAUUGAUAGGAAAACAACUGUAUUGAUUUCAAAUCCUCGUUAUACGUUAUCUCUUCAAGAAUUAUUAGAUAUUACACCAAGUAGAACAAUUGUGAAUUACAUACAUUGGAAUUUCGUCAGUAGAGCGAUAAAAGCUACCACGAAAGAAAUGAGAGCAUUACACUAUAAUUGGCAUGAUGUAGAACCGGAAACAGUAAACAGGACAAGAGAAUGUGUCAGAGAAAUACAAGCAGAAUUCCUUGUAGGAUAUGAAUACAUACGACGAUAUUUCCCGGAAACAACAUUGGAACAGUUCUAUGGUGUAAUUGAUGACAUACAAGCCAUACUCGGGAGUGCGCUAAGACCGAAUAGAGAUAUGAUUGAACGUGUAAUUUUGCAUAAACUAGAGUCCAUGAAAAGUGUGACCGGGUAUCCGGAUUUAUAUCGAAACACGUAUGUCGCAAAGGAUUUCUACAAAGGUCUCAGCGUUAGCAACAUACAUUACGAGAAUGUAUUAAGCACGAUGAGAUAUUUCAAAUAUCAAAACCUAAAUGUUCUCUUCACAGGAGAAAUUCCCGAAGAAGUUAGGAUCGAUCUUUCGGCGGUACAUACCUUUUUCGGCAUCGAAGGAAUAGAUGUCGGAAAACCCGUUUUUACUCCUUAUCAGCCUAUGUAUCGUAACUAUGCCAUUAUCGGACGCCUCAUGUAUCAACACGACUGUAUAACUAUGGGUAACUUGUAUAACAAGCGGGAAGAACCGGCAUGGUGGAAGGUUCUAAUAAAGGAAGCGAACCAUAUAACCUGUUUCAUAGAUACCCCACCGCAGUAUUUCAUAGAAAAAGAUUAUAUCAGAGAUGACUACUUCGAUCUGGAUAUGAAAGGCUUGAAAAUUAUUUUCAGUAUUUACAAACUACUUAAAUUAUUCGGUCCCUACUAUGAAUUAGAUGCAGCGUUACCAGGAUUGGAGUAUUUGAGUGACGAGCAACUGUUCUUCUUAUUCUUCGGCAUUUUAGGGGGUUGUGAUCCGUACAUGUUUGAAGCGUCGUGGAAUGACGAGUUUGACAAUGCUUUCAAGUGCUCCAGUAACUUUACCAUAGACUAAAAAGAGGUGAAACAUGUGGAAAUGAGAAGGAUGGAUGCACAAAUGGA